AUGAAGAUUGCAAUAUUGAUCAGCGCUCUCGUGAGCGUUGCAUUGGCAAAAGUAGACUACACUGGUCAUCAGGUCUACCGUGCAUUUCCGAAUAAACUACAACAUGAAAUAAUCAAAGGAUUUGGGGAAUCUGUGAAUAUGGACGUCUGGUCCGAUUAUCGUGGAGAAGGAGAUUUUAUUGACUUCAGAGUUUCGCCAGAUUGGAAGCCAAAAAUUGACGUCUUACUCGCAAGAAACAGAAUCUCACACGAGGUGUUCGUGGAAGAUCUUGAAGUAUCAUUUGCAAAUCAGGUAGAUCUGAAUGCACCAAGACUUGGACCUGCAGAUCCGCAAUUUUAUGAGAAAUACCAUACUUUUUCUGAGAUAUCCAACUGGAUUGAUGAGUUUGUAUCUAUGAACUCUGCCCUGGUAGGAGUAACCAACAUUGGGAAAAGCUAUGAAGGAAGAGAUAUACGUUCAGUAAAGGUUAGCACUGGAGCUGGUCGCCUAGCAUUUGUCAUUAAUUGCGGAUUGCACGCACGUGAAUGGGUUACUCCGGCAACAUGCAUGUAUGUAGCAAAUCAAUUGACAUCGAGAUAUGGCAUUGACGAUGCAGUCACAAACGUGAUGAAUCAAGUUGACAUCUAUUUCAUUCCUGUCUCUAAUCCUGAUGGUUAUGAAUAUACAUGGACUACAGAUAGAAUGUGGAGGAAAACAAGAUCUCCGGCGGCAAACAAUGGUUGCCUCACAGAUUGCAACGGAGUUGAUCCUAACAGAAACUGGGACAAUCACUGGAACUCUCCUGGAGGAUCGAGCACUAAUUGUUGCAGUGACACAUUCCGGGGACCAGGACCCUUUAGCGAGCUUCACGACUACACCAGUAUAAUUGUGAAAGUUACAAUAAAAGAAUCUAUUUCAUUUCUUUAA